AUGACCUCCCUUCCAACUUUAGUGCUAAUCCCCGGGUCCUGGCACAAACCCGCAUGCUACGACAAAAUCACCACUUUACUCCGCGAACAACACCAGCUAAGAUGCGUAUCCAUUGCACUGCCCUCGACAGCCAACAACCCAGCCGCGACAUUCAAAGACGACAUUGACGCCGCGCGCGCCGCCAUAGCGAACGAAACCACAAACGGACGCAAUGUCGUCGUUGUUGCACACUCGUACGGAGGGAUGGUAGGGAACAGUGCGAUCAAGGGGUUUACUCCAGCAGCAGCAGCCACUGACAACGACGACACCGAAAACUCUACGACCAAGACAGGACAUGUAAUCGGGCUGAUUCUCAUCGCGUCUGGUUUCACUUUUACAGGACUUGCAUUCAUGGACCCAUUCCUCGGCCAUCCGCCCCCGUCAUGGCGCGUCAACAGCGACACUGGCUACGCCGAGCUCGUCACCCCCGCGCGCGAACUGUUUUAUCACGAUUUGCCAGCCGAGGAAGCAGAAUACUGGGUCUCGCAGCUCACCACACAGAGUCUGAAAUCCCUUUUCGAAGGUGGGGAGUAUGCGUAUGCGGGCUGGCAGGAUUUGCCGGCUGUGUGGUAUAUCGGCACAGUGGAGGAUCGCGGGUUGCCCGUGCUGGCGCAGCGCAUGACGGUGGGGAUGGCGCGGGCUAUGGGGUGUGCUGUUGAGCACAGGGAGCUGCAGACGAGCCAUUCGCCGUUUUUGAGUAUGCCAGAGGAGACGGUGAGGAUUAUGGUUCAGGCUGUUGAGGCUUUUGCGGGUACGACCACGAAGCGAGGGGGGGAUUCGGCAGGGGGAGGGGGGGAAACAGGAACAGGAACAGGAACAGGAACAGGAAUAGUGCCCAAGACGAUGCUCUGGCAGCCUGCAAGCUGGUUUCGAAUUGGACUACCGCUGGCCCUGGGGCGCGUCUUGGGGAGAGGCAUUCUCCUGUUUCGCUGGGGGCGGCGACUGUGGACUGGCCUGUGGACUGGGCGAUGA